GCCGCCCGUCCGUCGCCGCUGUGCAUCCCUCCCCCGGGGCCGUUCCUUCGCACCGCGGAGCGACGUGCAGCCACGUGCCGCACCCGCCUCGUUGCCGCCCUUGGAGCUGCUUGGCACGGGGUGCGGUUCCGUGCACAAAGCGGCCCGUAGGAGAGAAAAAAGGCUUUGUAUCGAGGCAGCCCCGCGUGCUUUCGUCGUGAGGUCACUGCAAUUAGUGAAGCGUGUGGCGAUUUGUCCUGGCCCCGUGUUCCCGAUCCGUGCCGUGGCACUUUGGGAUGGAAAAGUACGGGCCUUGUGGUGGAACCUCUGAGAUGAAAACGAGAGCUUUUCAGUUGUCUGAAGCUUGAGAAACAGUAACUUGCAGGAGCAGUUCUGAGCACAGUUGGGCAUUGAGCUGCACGUUGGUGCGGCACAGUGAGCAAAGUGACCACCUCAAGCAGAUCUUUGGAAAGCACCGAGAAGGGAGGGUGAUACAGGCGAUGUAUCCUCCAGUGUGAGGCGCUGAGUGGAGCAGUCACUGUCAUUUUGAACACAGAGCCUGUCAAGACUGAAUCUUGUGUGGAACGAGCUCGUUUGUAGUCACAAGUACAGCCAGAGAACGAAGGAGAAGCAAGUGGCAAAGAGUCAAGAAAACCAGGCAAUGGAAGGGAAGGUUCAGCUGCAUUUAAGGUAUUGGAAAUAAAUGUCUUGGGAUGGAGAACUCUCUGAUGAUCAGAGAGCAAGAAAGAAAUACGCGAGAAGGUUAAGAAGUGCCUGGCUCUCUGCAUUGUUGCCUGUUUGCACAGAUUUCUAGGAACUGCAUAUUUCUGUCAGUUGGAGAGCAGUCAGCCCACAACUGUGUUAUCCCAGAGCUGUGUAUCCGCUUGGACUGGGGAAAACUAGAAGAUGGAAAUCCUGUUAAGCAUAUUGUGAGGCUAACAGAAGGAUCAGAUGGCUAUACUGCUCAAGCCGGCAGUUUACUCUUUAAUUCUCACCAUCAGUGAGUUAACUCUCAGAACGAAUGCCCAGUAUAUCACAAAGUUUAAAAUGGCAGGGAGAGGUAAAUUUUUUCCAGUAUCCAUGUCAGCCCAUGGGACGAGAGAGUUGAUGUUUGUUUUCCCCUUGCUCGCCCUCCUGAAGUUCAUCAGGUGCUCACUGCAACAACAACAAAUGCCCCCAACAAAUGUCCUUUCCCAGAUACCAUCACAGCAUCCAAUCCUGGAGAAAUGUCUAACAAAAAUUCCACCUGCAAGCUGACAAGGUACCUCAGUAGCAUGCUAGCUACCGAGAUGAUUCUCAGCUUGUGUUCAAUCCACUCAGUCUGUGACUGCCUACAGGAGCUUGUCACUCCAAAUGUGAUGAGCCAAAGCAGCCUUGAAGAAAGCUCCUCUGCUGGGAUGUUUUGGGAUUGUUUGAGUGAGGCUGAAGCAAAUGCUUAGUAAGAUAUGGGGUUGCCACUAAGAGCAAAGUAUUGCAUCAGCAGACGUUCUUCAUCAGAUGUUUCAGCCUGUGUGUACCACAUUUCAGGAAAACUGUGAAAAAUUUAACACUAGGAGAAAGUACUUCCUGAGGUAGAAACAAAACCAGCAGAAUAAUAGGUAUACAGGUAUGUAUUUGUUUCUGUUUUAUCUAAUGAGGGAAGAUUGGAAAGGGAGAAUGCUACUUCAUGAGAUUCCUGGCGUCCAGUCUUUGAUUUCUGGCACAGAAGCAGGGUUGCUGCAUGCUGUAGUGAUGUGUGACAACCACAGUGCUUUGACAGUCUAAUUGUUCUUGAUGGGAUUUCUCAGGUGUUGGGGAUGUGUUUCUGAAUCAGACAUGUAUCCAUACGUAUCUCAGCAGUCUUGUUUUUGCUGGUCAGCUUCUCCAAUGGGAAAAAGGGUGAAGCAGCAAUGGAGAGUGAGAGAGAGGGACGCAGGAGGUGAGUGGACUACAUCGACUUGUCCUAGACCGUGCUUUGUCAGUCAGCAUCACUGUUAGCUCAGAUGAUUUAGCACAGUGUAUUCCCAUGUUAUUCCCUUUGCACUGCAGAAUCCGGAGGUGAGUGAUUCAGUAGUUGAACAGCUCCCAUGCAAUAUUUGGUGUUGGUCACCUGAAGUACAUUAAGUAUAUGCUAAUGUGAAAGAUAGGGCUGGAGUUACACCUUCUGCUGUGCACUCUUGCCCAGAUUUAUUGCCAGUGUUAUCUCUGUAGUCAACACAGCAUCACUUUGUUGUAGAACAUAAGGAUUUGGAGGAGCACGACCAAAACCCAGCAGUGUGUAUUCAGGUUCAGCCUCCGCAGAAUGCAAUGGGGUUUUCCUGAACUAUCCAGACCCAUUGUACCAGAUGGUACCGUAUGGAAGUAACACUGAUCCUUUGACUCUGUUGAUUUCUAAUUAGGUUUCUAGUAAUUAAUAUAGUUUGCAGGCCUUGCAUGAACUCUGCAGAUUACCCAUUCAUGUGAAUGAUUAACUGAAAGGGGAUUAAUCCUGGCAUAAGUUCAACCAAAAAUAAUUUUCUAGCCCUGAAAAUCUUCUCUGACAGGCUAGUAGAUUUUAAUAGGGAAUGAGACGUUGAUAUUUGUGUAGUUCCAUUUCACAAAGAGGAACUUGCCAGAAGAGUGUUAAAAAUACAAGCAUGGUAGAUAUAAAGCAUUUGGUCACCACUCUCAGAUGCAGAGUUUGGAUUUUGGGUGCUCCUAUGUGGAGUCGAGUGUUGGACUUUGCGAUCCUUGUGGGUCCCUUCUGGGAUGUUCUGUGAUUCCGUGGUAGCAUAAAAGUACAAAGAAGUGUCACCCAUGAAAAGUCUCACCAAGUUUAGGGAAAUUGUUUUAAGGUUUCUCAGAGGAAUAUGCAUUUCUGAACCCAAGGUUUUUGCUGGUUUAGCAUGUUACUCUGUGCCUUUUCAAACUUCUCCUGUGACCACUCUAUGGUUGUACAUAAAUACCAAGAAGAUCAGCUAUAGUUUUCAUAACACAUUGAAAUCUGUUUUAAACAGCUGCUGUGUGUCUGUUAGACUGUCAAACACUUAUUUUAUAGGAAAUAAUGUGGAUUCUCAGGUCCUUUGGACCAAACUUAAUCCUCAGGCAUGCACACUGAUCUCAGUGUGGGGAAGUCUGGAAGGUGUUUGGUCCAGGGAAUUGUCAGUGCUGCACAGUGUUUCUGAGUCUAUGAGCCUACAAGCAAUGCCAAUAAGCAUUUUUCCAUUCCCAGCAAUUUCUUAGCCCGUGCAAAUGCCUGCUGCACCUAGGCAGCCUGCAGCAGAUUGAGCCAAGCAGGAGAGCACCAUGAAAGCUACUGCAGGCAAUGACAUUCGUGCAGGAGGUGGGAAUGGGAGCAGAGAUGCAUGCUAAGGAAAGGGGGAAAGAAUAACAUCGUGUUGACUCAGUCUCCUCAUACAGAGAGGAGAAUGCUGGCUGCACCUAGGGAUGAGCGAAGCUGAGAAAGGGAACAUGGGUAGAAGUAAACAAGGGCGUGCUACUGUGUGUUAUAGAGCUCAGAAUGUUGAACAUCCUUAGCAGAUAAAUACCCUAAAUCAUUAUAUUCUGUAUAAAUAUUGGGCCAGGGGCCUCUUUGAUAUAACUGCAAUCAUUGACUAUAGCAAGUGCAUCCAGGUGCUUGGGGUGCUAAUUUUACUUAAUGGAUAAUAAGGGCCGUCAAAAACAGAGUUGCUACUUUGCUUGGGUUUCAUUGAAAGAUGCACUCCUAAAAGGAGAGGAAAUCCCCAAAAUGAUACUCAGUGAUUAAGUACAUAGAAUAUAGGAUUUCAGCGUUUGCAAAUCCUUUUUUUCAAAUGAACUUGUGGCACUAAUCCUCUAAUGGCAUUAUUUCUUUGGAAUAUAUGCCGGAUUAAGGAGUCACAAUGAGGCAAAGUACAAAAAUCCACAUUAAUCUCUCACCAGUGGAUGCUGUGUGGGAUGCAACUUUAACUGUGUUUUUCCAGACCUGGUCUGUUCCUAUCCUUGCCCCAGGUCUACACAGAGGGAGGAACAGAUAUAAACAAAUGUGACACUGAGCGCUCAGCAGAUGGUCACAAGCCAUUUAACUAGAUGGAAAGGCGUGGGCAUUUAUUAUUUUUAAACUGCAGAAGCUAAGCCUGCCCUAUGCUGUCUGUGGUGAACUGCAGGAAGUAGAUGUACGGGUCUGUGGGGCAGGAGCAGGGCAAUGUUCACCAGCGUGCAGGGAGAGAACAGCACUGCCCAGCCUACCAGCUAACGAGGGCCUGCCCACCAUUCUGUAUUGCACAUGCAGGGCACAGCCUGGGCUACUGCAAAGUAACAUCCACGCGUUCAGCCCUUGCUCUGGUCAUCCUGCUUUGCUUUAGGAUAACCUUGCUGUCCCCUCAUCCUGCAUAGCUUGCUUUCUAGGAAGAAGAAAUUAGGUCGCCGUGAAAAUACAAUUCCCUUCUCACCGGAUUACAGGGAUGCUGUCAUGGUGCCAUGAAGUAUUUUUACUCUCAUUCAAUGGCCUAAAGUGGUGAUAGAAUUUCUGAAUGGUCAAUGCAUCACUUAAUGCACUGAUGUCAGAGCGCUGAAGCUAGCCAAGCCUAACCACUGUAAUCAGUGCUUAACGUGCUUAAGGAUUUCCCCAGUUCCAGGGAUCAGGGAUUAUCAGAUAUUCCCGUUCCACCUUGCCAUCGAAGCACGGUGGGCACAGAGCCCUGAGCCCAGCAGAGCCUGGCACACGUGCAAGAUGUGAGUUGCCUUGUUGCUGUUUCAUCCCUGGGCACUCUUGUUAAGCAUGACAUUGAAAGUGAAUGAAAGCUGUUGAGUUCGAUGAGUUCCUUACUGACAGGAGUGCUUUGGGUUCUCAGCUGUGUAACUGAGACACCCAGCUGGGGGUGUAGGGCUCACAUAGGUGCCCUUUCCCUGUGGAUACAGAGCAAGGUGCUGAUUUCAGAGAUUGGGUCAGGACAGCCACCCCUAGGAGGAGGCAUUACAACCAGCUUGGAGAUCGCUGCUGUUUGGGAACAGUUAUGUGCCCUUCAUUCUUGCAGGUAAAUGCUGCCCAUGACAACGGGUUUUGUGCAUUUUUUCCUUCUGCAAACAUCUUUCUGUGUAGUAUUUCUCAUAGGUGGGAGGAUUUCCCCACUGUUCACUCGAAGUUUUCUUCUCCUAAUCUUAUCCUAUUGGCUCCCAGCAGCGCACUGUGCCCCAUUCAGGCCUGUCUUAAUCAUCUGUACGUUGACACACUGAGUCAGGGCUGUCCCCAGCUGGUGUCUGCUCUGCUUGCACAGCAGUCAUUACUUUUAUUGACCAUCUUUAUCGCUCCCCACCAAAAGCACUCCAGCUUGCAUAUGCCUGUAGUGUAUACAUAGCAGUGAGAGGUCCAUGUAUAAAUGGUGUUGGAACAGAUACAGGUGAAGGUGAGCAGGAAACGAUGAAGAAAACUGAUCUGGCACACAAGGGGGGACAAGAAGUUUUGGGUUGGUGUAGGCUAUGGGGGUGACAGCAUCACAGAUAUUGGCCAGGAGCAUCAAAGCAAGAAAACGUAACUCUUGCUGUCAUGGAAAUCAGAUUCACACACACACAAAUAUAGGGUAGCUUGGUUUAUGCACCUGAUGUGCUCUGUGAUGUCAUACUGUGCUAUCAUGCUGUUGCCUACAAGCAGACUGUGGUGGGUGGCACAGCAGGACCUCUCCUCUCCUGCAUGCCGUGCCACGAAGUGCCCAGCAGUGAGCUGCCCCUCCGUGCUCCUUUCCAUCGCCAAACUGCGACGCCCACUGACACCUGCCUUUGCUCAGCCUCCACCAACACUCCUGACAAGUAUGGACAAAAGGGGUGGGAAAACAAAGAGCUUUUCUUCAGGUGCUGCUGUAACCCGACCUGCGAGGUGACUCAGCUGGCAGCAGCUGUGCGGGACGUGGGGCGGUCAGGGUGCAGCUCUCAGCCUUCACUGCCACUUCCUCCUUUCUGCAUUGCCAGGGAGCUCAGCUGCAGCGCCAGCAGAGAGCACCCAACUGGAUCCUCAGCUCUCCCCCCUGAAUAGCGAGGCUGGGGCAGCAGGCUGCUGUCAGGAGAAGUUUGGGGCAGCAGAGCAGCAGGAAGGACCCGCAGAGCUGUUGUGCAGAGCUGUUGUGCAGAGCUGUUGCUGUCAGGCUGAUGAAGACGGGAACACUCAAAAGAAAAGCACCUGGAAUGUCCUGAUAGGUAGAAGUGAAGUUUUGUUCACGUGCCAUGGCUUAUUUCUGCCAGCCCUGAAAGUGCUGUAAAAGGUGAAACAAACCCACAGGUGUACCGAUGGAAAAGACAGGAGACACACAGAGUUGCCAGAACAAGAAUGAGGAAGACAUCCCAAAGAGUUCCCCAUUUGACUUUGUUAUAAAACAGUUCCAAGGGAAGAAAUCCUCUUCUGGAAAGAGAAAAGAGCAGCCUUCAGCCAUCCAGAAGUUCUUCAGUGGCUUUGACUUUGGGAAAUCAGAAGGCAAGGAAAGACAAGAAAUUGAAGAAACAGAAAUAAACAACUGUGGAGCUGAUGAUCAGAGUGAGAAGGAAAAUCUCUCAGUAGAAGAUGAAUCUUCGCAGCUGAUUUCUGAAGCAGAGUCACCACCUGGUGAGCAGAGAUUUAACCAGUUCAUGCAGAAACUGGGAAAGAAACCCAACAGCAAGAACCUGGAUCUCAAUAAUUGUGCAUUAAGUGCAGCAGAUGUAACAGAGCUGGCUUCUUUACUGCCAUUUCUCCCAGAGCUGGAAGAGAUCAGCCUGUCCUGGAAUGGUUGUGUUGGAGGGACUUUGAAAACCCUCACUGCUCAGUUCCAUCAUGUGAAGCUGCUAAAAGUCCUUCGACUUAACAACUGCAGGCUGUCAGCUGAGGAUGUCACCUCCUUGGGAGAGGCAUUUGAAAUUGUUCCUCAGCUUGAAGAACUGGAUUUAUCAUGGAACAGUAAUAUAGGUGGCAAACUAUCACUCCUGACAAAAAAACUUCGGAAGGGAAGCAAGAUUAAACUUCUGAAAAUUACAGAUUGUAACCUGACAGCCAAAGAUGGAGAAUCCCUUGCUGAAAUACUAAAUGUGCUCCCAAACCUUGAAGUAUUAGAUCUCUCUAUCAACAAACACAUUGGCUGCAGCAUGAAGGUCAUUGCUCAGGAUCUGAAAAAUGUACCAGGCCUCAAGGAGCUGAACUUGCACAUGUGUGGAUUAAAGCAGGACAGCCUCCAGGGCUUAGACACUGCUUUACAGCACCUUACAGCACUAAGAAAAUUAGACAUAUCGUGUAACAAAGAGAUUGGUGGUGGCUUUAAAGACUCAACAGCUCAUUUGGCCAGCUUGAAAAAUCUCGAAGUCCUUGACCUCCACCAGUGCUGUGUAACAGAAGAAGACAUGAGCGUUUUGUCCCAGGUCAUACCUUUACUCUCCAGUCUUCAAGAGCUGAAUUUAUCCUGGAAUAAAAACAUAGGAGUCUCAUCUGAUCCUCUUCUCGGCAGACUCAGAUUUUUACCAAAGUUGAAAUCUGUGGCCAUCAGCAAUUGUGGUUUAGGCAUGGAGUCCUUUUCAUCACUAGCUGAGGCUGCCCUUCACCUUCCUGAACUGGAGAUAUUAGACCUUUCUUGGAAUAAGUGCGUUGGUGGAAACCUAAAGCUGCUUUUGGGAGCACUAAAGCUUGCAACGGAGAUUCAAGUGUUAAGACUGAGCAGCUGUAACUUGGUGGCUGAAGAUUUGGCGCUUCUAACAUUACUGUCACACGAUGGCCACCUAGCCAGGUUACAGAAGCUGGAUUUGAGUUAUAAUAACACCAUCUCUGAUGAAGGGUGGAUGGUUUUCUGUCAAGGCUUAACAGUAUUCAAAGAACUCUCAGAGCUGGAUGUCAGUCUUCGUCCAUCAUCCUGCCGUGCCUGUGGGACAUGGUUCAGUGAGUUGUUAGCAGCACUGACAAAACUGCCUGCAUUGGCAGAGCUGGGGAUGCAAAGAUGGGUCCUUUCAGAAUUGCAGCGUAAACAGCUGGAAGGCUUUAAUCAAGACAACAAAAGAAACAUUCGUUUUGACUGUUGACGGAGGUUGGAGGUUUCUGGAAAGCCUUUCACAAGCAAGAUAUGAACUAAGUAUUGCGUGUCUCUCACUUAGGAAACUGCACAGUUUCUAGUUAUCUCUUCUCAUGAGAGAACUUGAAAUAGUUCAAAAUUUAUAUAAAAACAGUUAUUUAACUUCCUACACACAUAGAUUAUUCCAUUCGAUAAUGUAUUCUUACAGAUUCUCUGGGCCAUGCUUACUCUGCUGUUAUGACACUACUGAAUAUGCUUAAGCUUCCAGUUGUGAAUACUGCAGUGACUGAUACCAAAGGAGCAAUGACAAUUUCAGAUAGACACAUUGCAGGUUUGCCAAUGCAAGGAAAUUGAGUGGAGAGUGCACUAGUGCAGAUGGAUGGGCAGUGUAAUUAUGGCAUCACACACAUACAAGGAAGAUGUUUCCAAUGCAAAAAUACCUGAAACCUCUAUGUUUUAAAAUUUUGUUCCCCCUUCCCCAUACAUUUUAAUUUUUGUGAAUGCAUUAAAGCUACAUAAUUGUGAGAUUUGGAAAGCAUCCCAGCAAUUCAGGAUUGUAUGUCAGUCCAGAAAGAAGAAAACAGCAAGAGUUGUUCUGCCUCUGCUAUGGCUCUCAAUGCCAUCUGAUAGCGUAGAUGGAUCCUGCAUACAGAAUCAGCAUAAAAUCAAGGUAAGAAACGUUUGGUUGAUGUCUUUGCAAGCCUCAGACAAGGGAAAUACUGCAGUAGGUUAGAUCAGGAAAGUCCUGCUACCUUAGCAACAAUCUGAAACUUUCUGCAUUCAAGACUAAUCCGUUAGCUUUUUAAAACAUUUUGUGGCAUAAGAUGUUCUUAUUCUCAUCCUAAAUGUGGAGGAAAUCUAUCCAGGGAAGCAAAAGCUAUUAUUAAAAGCCACAGGGCAGCUUCUAGCUUGGAGCAGACCACCCUGCUUUGCACUCAAAAUGUUAGAAAAUGUACCGACCUGGGUCAUAUAAGUGGCUCUUCUUUUUACAUUUGAUGAUUUCUUAUUUGGUGUUUUAUUGGAUUUGCUUGCACAGAACCAUAUUCUGGCAUACUCAUUUAUGUCAUGGAACAUCUUAACCCACAUGUGAGCUCAAAGACUGCACUGGGAUUAUUCAUCCGUAAGGUAUUUUAGGAAGUAAAGAUAUUAGAUCUGCCCACUGAGUGAGGAGUCUUAGAGAAAUCCUGAGGGAUAAAGUACUGCUCAAUUAGCCCUGAGUUUGUUCUACACACUGCAGCAAUCUCCUGGAUGUGAGGCACAAGAGAAUCAUCAGCUGGCACUUUCCUAGCUUGCCCACAUCCCUUCAGCAUGUUUUCCCAUAGAGGUGCAGGACAAUACUCAGCCUUCAGUCUGGGUGACACCUCUAACACCAGCUUCUGACUGGCUCUGAGUUUAUUAGUAGCAGCUAACCACGUUGUGCUGAUGCCACUCCAUUGUUUAAUCCAUGAUUUCACGAGGGUCUCCCUGGACUUCCUGGCUUCACUUUCAGUUCCACCGAAAAGGGCACUUGGAUCCCACAAGCUCUGAGGAAAGUGAGAUCAACCAGAGUGUCGUGGUCAGAGGUAGCAGUGAAUUGCUGCAAAGUGGGAUUGGUUAUUUUGUACAGAUUUCCUCAGCCCCUGAAGGGGCAAAGAGCCCCUGUUUCAUACAGAGCUAACAAAGGAGCCUUUCAAGCUGUUAUUCAAGGCAGGAGAGUUAUUUUAAUGUGGAAACACUAUCACCUCUAUUUCACAGCAGCACACCAACCUUCUCUUUCAAUCGCUUGUCUUAAUGGGACUUUCCUUCUCAAAUUUGCCUUUGCUCCAUCUGGAGAAACGAUCCUCUGUCUGUUCUGUGGGAAUCUCUGUGAAUCACUCCUCUCUCACUUGAACCUCUAAUUCAGAGCGAGAUGGACUUCGCUGUUAGUUUGAUUAUGAUGUCUCUCUUGGGCUCCUCAUUCUCGUUUCCAGGGCACAGUAAGGAUGUACUGUUUGCAGUCUCUUCACUUGCUUUUUUACAUUCCCUUCCCAGUCCUUUGCCCACUCAUGAAUCUGUCAUGCCUGUUCUGCCACAAAAAUAUUUUACUAAAUCAUUUUGAUUAUCUCAUUUGUCAGUCUUCUCAGAAGUGCCCCUUCCAACAUUUUCCUCCUCAGUAGCCUCUGCUGUCAAAGCAGCACCAGUUUCCUAGUGAGAUGGAAAACCAAAACUGAGCAGUGCCACCUUUCUGCACUUAAUAGUCUCCAGUUCUCUCCUACCAAGAAGCUUAUUAGUGAGAUUUCUGUGACAACGGAUUCAAGAGCCAAACAGAAGUAAGAUCCGUGCCCAGGAUGCAGAUGUAGCUCAGAAGAACAUGACCUGGAGGUGGAGCUCUUGGGAGAGCUGGAUCUCAGUGAGCCUGCCUUCUCCUUCCUCGGGGUGCCACCAGCUUCUCGUUCUCUGGGGAGCUCAGGCAUGGGCAGGGAGAGCAGGUCUGGAGUUCUGCCAGUUUAAGUAGAGAGACCUGCUCCCUCCCACUUGUGCGUUUUGACUCUGCACAGUGGCUUGUCCUAGUUUAGCUCUGUGCUUUAGGUGCACUGUGACAGUGUUCUUACACGGCAGGAUCCAGAGCCAUUGUCAAAUGCUGCAUUUUGCAAACUUGCAGUUUUCAAAUAAACCUGUUGUGCACAGACAUUUUACAGACUGUAACUCAGAGAUGAGUUACAGCACUAAGGAUUUGACAGCUUGCAGUCAUUCAAAACUCUGUAACUGCAGAUUGUCAGAACAUUAGGGAGCAUUUUUGCAGAAGAUGGAGAUACUUGGAGGUACUUUGAAACAGCUCUUUACACUCCUGUAAGGCAGAAGUGUUGUGCAGAUCGUGG